GCUCAAGAUGUCUCUAAUAAACAAACCAUGAUCAAUUUAUACAGCUUGGUAUUUACUUUUUGCUCGAAAAUAAUUGAUAGUAACUUCAUUCUCUGACCUCUAUUUAGUGACAUUUUUAAUGCUUUCAUUUACAAUGGCUUCCCGUAACAUCAAAGCUAUCAAUGCAGCGCAGCGACUGGACUCCCGAGGGAAUCCUACUGUCCAGGUGCGAGUAACCACGGAUGAUGGAGUAUUCCAAGCGAUUGUGCCAUCUGGUGCUUCAAAGGGAGAUUACGAAGCAGUUGAAGUGCGUGAUGGUGACAAUGCUUCAUUCGGAGGGAAGGGUGUGGAGAAGGCAGUACACAAUGUCGAACAUGUACUGGGGCCUGCCAUCAUCAACGAGAAAUUCGAUGUUGCCCAUGAUUUGGCCAAGAUUGAUUCGUUGAUGCGCCAUCUCGAUGGCACGGAAGACAAGAGCAAGCUCGGUGCCAAUGCAAUCCUGGGCAUUAGCAUGGCUUGUGCGAGAGCUGGCGCCGCUGCUCAGGGAGUCCCAUUAUAUGAAUUUCUUCGUCGCGAAUCAGGCACAUCCUCGGAAUACGUGAUGCCAGUACCAUUCUUCAACGUUUUGAACGGCGGUGUGCAUUCCGGAAACACAAUGGCAUUCCAAGAAUUCAUGAUUGCUCCCGUCGGAGCUAAAUCAAUGGCUCAAGCAGUGCGCAUGGGUUCCGAAGUCUAUCAAGAGCUGAAGAAGGUAAUCAAGCAAAAGUUUGGGUCAGCUGCAAUUGGUAUUGGCGAUGAAGGAGGGUUUGCACCACCUAUUUCCGAGCCCCACGAAGCUUUGGACCUGCUAGAAGAUGCAAUUGGCAGGUGCGGCUACCUUGGUCAGUUCAAAUAUGCAAUCGACCCUGCCUCGAGCGAGUUCUUCAACGGCAAGUAUUACGACCUAGGAUUCAAAAGCACAAAGCCACACCUAUACCAGCCCGCAGAGCUUUCCAACCUAUAUAAAGCCCUUCUGGAUAAGUAUGAGAUUGCUCUCCUGGAAGAUCCUUUUGCACAAGACGAUUGGCAGUCAUGGAGCUCCUUCUGCACACACUGUCCAGUUGAGCUCGUUGGGGAUGACUUGCUUGCGACGAACGUCAACCGGCUCAAGAUUGCACACGAGAAGAAAGCCUGCAACUCGAUGCUGCUAAAGAUCAACCAGAUCGGCACAAUAACUGAAGCUCUCGAAGCGGCAAAAAUGUCAUACCACUUUGGCUGGAGCGUUUUCGUAUCUCAUCGGUCCGGUGAAACCACUGAUGAUUUCAUUGCAGAUCUCACAGUGGCAAUUCGUGCGGGCCAUCUCAAAUCUGGAAGUCCAUGUCGCGGAGAGAGGGUUGCGAAAUAUAAUCGAUUGAUGGACAUUGAAGAUGAAAUUCAAGCAAACGGGACUUGCACGUACGCAGGGGAGGGCUUCCGAGAAGCUCAUCGCAAAGGAUGAUUGCAGAAUUACACAUGCGUGGUCAAAUGUUUAUGUCAAAUAAGUUAGUUUCAAUUACUGCCAUGAAUUUAUGAAUCAAACAAGAUCUCUCGAAGCUCUGG